UGUGCGCAAACUAGCGUGAUACCCGAGGCCGCUCGCACGUUCCGCGGCUCAUCCUCGCGUGUGAAUCAAAUUUCGACUUUACAGCCACAGGCUUAAAGAUUAGUUUGUUAUAUUCGAACUUUUCACGAUUUAUUUUUCGACAUUUCUGUGAUUUUUCAGUGUGUGUUGAGUGGUGAUUUCUGUAUAUUUAUUUAUAUAGGGUCCCGGCGCACGUGAUUCUAGUGCUUGUCUUUGAAUAAGAGUGUUACUUGUGUAAGUGUGAAGUGAUUUAGUGUUGUGUCCAAGAUGAUGACCCUAUACCGGACCAUUAAGGGUACGAGUACUUCAAAACGAAAAAGGCGGGAAAGAAGCCUAGGACCAUUUGAAUUGGCGACGGGAGGCGAAAUGGUUUCUCGACGGCGGAUACUGUCCCGGUCUCGCGACGACCUCUCACAGGCUUUAGCUCAAGAAGAAGAAGAAGAUGUGUGGUAUCAGAAGGAUAAACUGUAUAAGGAACACAUACAAGAAGUAUUGGACAAAUGGACACAAAUAGAUGACGAGAUAUGGGCCAAAGUCAUAGUUUUCGAGAAGAACCGGCGAGUGGCGAAAGCGUAUGCGCGUGCGCCUGUUCUCACUAUCAACGGAUCGGACGACGGGUUUGAUGGCAUGAGAAUCGGCCUUUGCGGGUUUGACAACCCUCACAGAGAUCAGAAAACAGAAGAAUUGAAAAAACACAUAGGACAGGGUGUUAAAAUAAAAAUGGACGACGCUGGCAAUAUACUCAUCAGGCGCUACUCAAAAAGUAGCGUAUUUGUGAAGAGUACUGCCGCCACUAGCAAUGAGGAAACAGCUAUAGGACAGGAUAUUGUGAAGCUGCCUGGCUACGCGCUUGAACAAGAAAAAAUCUUUAAGCUGUUCGAUAUGAAGAAAUUCCAAUCGAACGUGAACCGCGAGCUCCGGCGCGCGUACCCGGACCGGCGGAGGCUGGAGACGCAGUGCCUCAGCGCGGUGGCCUUCGUCAAAUCGGAUACGGACCUGCUCGAGUGCCCCAUAUGGGUGCUGGUCAUCAAUGUCGUCGCUAUGGAUAUGCUCAAGUCGAAACUGCCGCCAGUUCAAAGACCAAUGGAUAUAAAGAACAGACCUCGAAUCCCGAUCCCAGAUGAAGACCCUUACAGCAUCGCGAGUUCCAACGCUAACGGAUCAGGCUCUAGCGGCAGUUCGGGCGGUUACGGGCACAAUGGUCACAUCGCCCUCAAUGGUCACAAUGGUCACAAUGGUCACAACGGACACAAUGGUCACAAUGUUCACAAUGGUCAUAAUGGUCAUGGAGUUGUGGCCGCCACGAGGGAGCAACUCAUGAUGCAAAUGGGACAGAGGAGGGGAGAGAAGCCGCCGAAACUUCCUCCGCGGGAGAACGGUUACGGACCAGCUGAUAUACCUAAACCGGACUAUGAUGACAUUGACGAUCGCGUGCCGACUCAGUUCCCGAGAGGAAAAUCUGACAAAGGAAAAGAUAACAAGAAAUACGACGACCCCUACUACUGCGGGCUGCGCGCGCGCGUGCCCAACUUCGUGAAGACGGGGAAGCACGUGCUGCCCGCGAUGACGGAGCGGCUCUCGCUGAAGGAGCCGGCGGCGGCGCCGGUGCCGAGCAAGCGCUACAGCGUGCACGCGCCGUUGCCGCACUUCGCGCCGCUGUGGGCCGCGCGCUCGUACGACAACGGAAUCGACGGCGAGCACUACGACCCGUACGCGGUGUACGGGCGGCUGCCGCAGCGCGCCUUCCCGCCCGCGCUGCACGCGCCGCUGCCGCCGCACGCGCCGCACGGGCCGCACGCGCCGCACGCUCGCCACAUGUUCAUCGAGGACUGGGACUGAGGUACUCGCGCGCGCACACUACACGCGUGGAACACACCACAUGGCAAGAAUGGGCGCGCGCACCACACACACACACACACACACACACACACACACACACACACACACGCACACACACACACACACAGACAUAUUUACAUGCCAAAAUAACAUUGUCUAUAAAGGACUGAGACUACACGCGUUGAUAGAAUGGCACCACAUGGCUAGAAUGGGUUGAGACACACACACAUACAGACAUACUUAAAUGCCACCAUGACAUUAUAAUCGACCCACUCGCAUCCGCAUACAGCCCAUUUAUAUGUCUAUAAUGGACUGGAACUGAUAUACAUACACACACUUGCGCACACGAAUGUCACACAGAUAGAAAAAUGUUCAAAGACUAAGACUGACGCAGAAGCAUCACAUGUCCAUUGAGGAUGUAGGUGUAAAGUAAAACAGAUACACACACACACACACACACACACACAUAUUUCACGUUCACAGAAUUGAGGCCGACAUACACAGAUACGCACAAACGUGCCUCAUAUCCAUCUGAGACCAUAGUACACACACAUACAUUAUACACUUAUGCGCUUCAAGUACAUCACUCGAAUCAAUAAACACACACAGACACAACACACUGAUACACGCGCGCGCGUAAUGUACAUAACAUGUAAUAUACCUUAGCGAGUUGUUAGCGUAGUUUAGUUUAAAUGUCAUCACACUGCCCGUUACUCGAACAGCGAUGUAAGUGUUGCUUAUUUCGAGACGUUAAUGGAGACUUCGCAAAUACUAAAUGCCAUCUUUUAAAACAAGAGAAAAAUACAGAUAGAGGAAUAUUUAUACUAGGAAACAUUAACCAACUAUAUAGAAGAGUCCUUUAUCGUCUCAUAAUAGACACGUUCGAGUAUUAGGACGUCAGAUACAUUGCUAAUGUAAAUGGUUUAGCUGAACACUGCCACUUAAUCGUGUUUCGUUUUAGAUCGUGUGACUCUAAAUUAGAAUUAAGAUUCGUUGUUAUCGAGUUACAUUGUGGUCUUUUGACGUAUGUCAAUCCUAGUCAAUACAGGGUUGGGAAAUUUUAUGAGUUGACAACUGAUAAAUUGAUUUUGUAGUAGCGCUUUAAAUUUGUAUACCUUCUCUUUCUAUUUUUAUAUUGUCUUUGUAUUCUAUUGUAAAUACUUCUCAGGAAUCAUGGCUUUCAUAUUUUUUAUUCAUGCUAUACCUGCUGAUUUAUCUGGCUAAUUACUUAAAUGUAAGUAGAUAUAUUAAUACUCAAUUAUUAUAUUAUCUUAAUAUAGAUAUUGUUAGUAUCGAUAAUUUUGUACUUUAGGAUGUAUCCAUAUUGUAGCUUAUGAUGUAAUUUUAUAUGAAUUUAUUAAUUAAUCUCUAUGUUUUAUCUCUCUUGACAUCCUACUAAGUAUACAAAUUUUAUUUCAUUCAACGAACCACAAUACUAAUGCUUAUUGUCUGUUUCUAUGUUCAAUUUCAAAAUUAUCGUAUCGGAGGUGCUAGACAUGUUACCAUUUCAUUUUUAUUUUAUAUGUAUACUAAACAUAAUAAUUAUGAAUAAUACCACAGUAACAUUUAAAUAAUUUAAUUAUCAGUAAUGUCGGAUGUAUGGUAAUUUGUAACGGAACUCGUUUUUUUGGAUAUACGUAUUUAUACGAUUUUAUGAAAAAGUAGAUAGAUUAUUUGAAACAAAAAUGUAUUUAUUAUCGAAAAAUGUUUGUUAAUUUUACAUAGUAAAGUAAUUUCGCCAUCACACAAUCUAGUUUUAUUUAAUUCGUAUUUACACUAACCGUGUUGGCGAUUUUACUUUUGAAUUAGUGUUAAUAUCAACAACCUGACUGUAUCGCAGGCCGUUGGUUUUCAAGUAACCUAAUCUAAGGAAAUUUGUAUGAAUUAAAUAUACAAUUAUUUU